CGGAAGUGCGUCCCGGAUGGCAUCGACGGCGGCCUGCGCGCGGAGCUGAGUGCUGGGGCUGCAGGCCUCCAGCGCGCGCUGGCUGCCUCAUGGUGCGGGCCCCGGCCGCCUGCUCCCGCUUGGCUAUUCGGCGCUGAGGCGCCAGGGCGGCGGGCGAUAUGUCGUCGAGCCUCCGCGCCGCUGUCUUCCCUCGGUGGAAGCGCCACAUCUCGGAGGAGCUGAGGCGCCGGGACCGGCUGCAGAGGCAGGCGUUCGAAGAGAUCAUCCUGCAGUAUAACAAGUUGCUGGAAAAGUCCGAUCUUCAUUCAGUGCUGGCCCAUAAGCUACAAGCUGAAAAGCAUGACAUACCAAACAGGCAUGAGAUAAGUCCCGGACACGAUGGUGCGUGGAACGACAGUCAGCUCCAAGAAAUGGCCCAGCUGAGGAUUAAACACCAAGAGGAACUGACUGAGUUGCACAAAAAACGUGGGGAGUUAGCUCAGCUGGUGAUUGACCUGAAUAACCAGAUGCAGCAGAGGGACAAGGAGAUGCAGGUGAAUGAAGCCAAGAUUGCAGAAUGCUUGCAGACCAUCUCUGACCUGGAGACCGAGUGCCUGGAACUGCGCACCAAGCUUCAGGACCUUGAGAGAGCCAACCAGACCCUGAAGGAUGAGUACGACGCCCUGCAGAUCACUUUCACUGCCCUGGAGGAGAAGCUGCGGAAGACGACUGAGGAGAACCAGGAGCUGGUCACCAGAUGGAUGGCCGAGAAAGCCCAGGAAGCCAACCGCCUAAAUGCAGAGAAUGAAAAGGAUUCGAGGCGGCGGCAAGCCCGGCUACAGAAGGAACUCGCAGAAGCAGCAAAGGAACCCCUGCCAGUUGAACAGGAUGAUGACAUUGAAGUCCUUGCAGAUGAAACCUCCGAUCACCCUGAGGAGACCUCUCCCGUGCGAGCCAUCAGCAGAGCAGCCACUAAGCGACUCUCGCAGCCUGCUGGAGGCCUUCUGGACUCUAUCACUAAUAUCUUUGGUCUGUCCGAGUCUCCCCUUUUGGGACAUCACUCUUCUGAUGCUGCCAGGAGGCGCUCUUUCUCUUCCGUUCCUGCUCCCCAGGAUAACGUGGAUACCCAUCCUGGUUCCAGUAAAGAAGUGAGGGUGCCAGUGACCGCCGUGUGUGUCUUUGACGCUCACGACGGGGAGGUCAAUGCUGUGCAGUUCAGUCCGGGCUCCCGGCUGCUGGCCACAGGAGGCAUGGAUCGGAGGGUGAAGCUCUGGGAGGUGUUUGGAGACAAAUGUGAGUUCAAAGGUUCCCUCUCUGGCAGUAAUGCAGGAAUUACAAGCAUUGAAUUCGAUAGUGCCGGAUCUUACCUCUUAGCAGCUUCAAAUGAUUUUGCAAGCCGAAUCUGGACUGUGGAUGACUAUCGGUUACGGCACACGCUCACGGGGCACAGCGGCAAAGUGCUCUCUGCCAAGUUCCUGUUGGACAACGCGCGUAUCGUUUCUGGAAGUCAUGACCGGACCCUCAAACUCUGGGAUCUACGCAGCAAAGUCUGCAUAAAGACGGUAUUUGCGGGCUCCAGCUGCAAUGACAUUGUCUGCACAGAGCAGUGUGUAAUGAGUGGACACUUCGACAAGAAAAUCCGUUUCUGGGACAUCCGAUCAGAGAGCAUCGUCCGAGAGAUGGAGCUCUUGGGAAAGAUUACUGCCCUGGAUUUAAACCCAGAAAGAACUGAACUCCUCAGCUGCUCUCGUGAUGACCUGCUAAAAAUUAUUGACCUUCGAAUUAAUGCCGUCAGGCAGACGUUCAGCGCACCUGGCUUCAAGUGCGGCUCCGAUUGGACGAGGGUCGUGUUCAGCCCUGAUGGCAGUUACGUGGCAGCGGGCUCGGCCGAGGGCUCUCUCUACAUCUGGAGUGUGCUCUCCGGGAAGGUGGAGAAGGUCCUUUCAAAGCAUCACAGCUCGCCCAUCAACGCGGUGGCCUGGUCCCCCUCCGGCGCCCACGUCGCCAGUGUGGACAAAGGAAGCAAAGCUGUGCUGUGGUCCGACUACUGACGGCGCCUCCUCAGGAGAGAGUGGAUCCGGAGCUGGAAAAGCACGAGGGCCCCACGGCGCUAUCCCGGCAGGUGGCAUGGUGGGGGCGGCUGUGACCCCAGAGGAGAGCGCGAGCCGCGGGGCCCGGUGGGCGGCCCGUGACCUGAGGGUCAUGGCUGAGGUCUCUGAUGACCCAAAAGAGUAACACUGAAAAAAUCUGACACUGCGGUCCCUCGGCAGGGGGUCCUGUCCUUGCCCGGCUCGGGUGGGAAACACUACUGGCUCUGAUCUCCUGUACCUCGCGGGGCGAGCGCGGGCGCCGAUGCUUCCUCCCGGGGCGGCAGUGCCAAAACGUGCCCGCACCCAGGUGUUGGUUCUCCCCCUGCGCUCUCCCCGUCCUUCCAGGGUCAGCUCUGGCCUGAUGCAUGUCCGGUCACCCCGGGGUGGUCUUCCCAGGGAACCUGGCUUUCAUCAUUGGAUUGACAGAAACCCAAACGGGAUGCUCCCCUGCCGUCAGGCAGCCCACAGGGGCUGGCCCUGUUUCGGACACGGCGGAUGGCGGUCCUCCCUGCUGGGCUGUGUCUGUUAGGAGGCCCUUAUUCUGAUCUCAUCCAUCACGGCUGGAAUGUCCCGAGCUGUCCUAAACCAGUCUUGGAAAGCAACUCCUCUUCAAAACUCCCCCCCCCCCCCGCCACCCCCCAAACA